CUCGUGCAAAGUCCCCAACUUGGGGGAGGGGAGGGGAGGAAAGGGCUCAGCUGGGUUUUGUGGCUUGCGGCCGCUAUGCUGGACCAUCUACCGUACCUACACUAACUUCCAUAGCUACUACUCACGGGCUCUCUUUUCCCCAGAGAGAGAGCGAGAGCAAGACCCGGUGGUAUGUACCGCCCACCACUGGUACCCGUUCUCCAGACCCGCCGGGUCCCAUCACCCUUCCCCCCAUUGUGUUGUCCAGCACUGUGCACCAUCCAGCCAGGGCUAGCUACCUUAGUAGUACUCUUCGGAUCGAAUACGAUCGGGAUUCUUCCCCUUCCUGGAAAGCCUGCCUGCAGGCUUUCACAUGAGUACGACUGGAUUACGCGGCGGUACUGGGGGGUAUGUAAUGCGCAAUCGAGGGCUGAGCCCCAGGCAGACGGGUUUCCCUGCUCGAUGAAUGGCUUUUUCUUCGGGGAUAUACCGGUGCUCGCAUUGGGACGGUGUGAGUUGCCACCGCAGUUCAGCUGUCUCGGUACGGAGCAAGCACGCGGUGGGUCGAAUGGCUGGCUCGGUGGCCCGGGGGAAUGGGAGAUCUGGACAUUGGACGAAGCAGGAAGCUCUUCUGACAGCAGCAGCAUUGGACGUGCUUCGAGCAUGAGUGGAGCCGGACGGGCCCUUUUGACUCUUAAAUCGUAGCGAGCUUGCAGCGUGCGCGAAUCACAAGGCAGGGCUUGUGUCUUAUGUCCUACAGUGUGGAGUGAUUUCUUGUCUCUCGGAUGAAGUAGUCCAUGGGGCUGCCACGAGCUGGACUAGCAAAAAUACAAGUACGUUGAAGGGUAGAGAGAUGCGAC